AUGACAUUCGAAAUUUACAACAAACAUGUCGAUGUUUAACAAAUUUGAUUAUUAUAAUGCUUUGCCUUUCUGGCAAAAUGGACCGGUUCCAGGAGCCAUUUACAAUUUUCCAGGGGCUUCAUCGACUUAUGGAAAUGGUGGCAAACAACAUACAUUAUCUCCUAGUGUGACUGGUACAUCAGUUCUUGGAAUUCAUUUUAAGGAUGGUGUCAUCAUUGCUGCUGAUGUCCUAGGUUCUUAUGGAUCAUUAGCCAAGUAUAGGAACUGUGAGCGUGUUAUAAAAAUCAAUAACAAUAUUAUUCUUGGAGCUGGUGGUGAUUAUGCAGACUAUCAAUAUCUUAAAAGUAUAAUUGAACAAAAAAUCCUUGAUGAACAAUGUUUUGAUGAUGGUUUUACUUUGAAACCUAGAUCUCUCCAUUGUUGGUUAACUAGAGUUAUGUACAAUAGAAGGUCAAGCUUUGAUCCUUUAUGGAACAAUUUUAUUAUUGGUGGUAUUGAAAAUGAUCAGCUAUUUUUAGGAACAGUAGAUAAAUUAGGAACUGCAUACACUGAUCCUGUCAUUGCCACAGGAUAUGGUGCAUAUAUGGCAACUCCUAUUCUAGCAAAGGCCUAUGAGGAGAACAAACAAAUGUCAGAAAAAGAAGCUACAGAUCUUAUUUAUCAAGCUAUGCAAGUUCUUUUUUACAGAGAUGCAAGGUCUUUCCCUAAGUACCAUCUUGGAAUAAUUACAAAGGAUAAAGGAGUUGAAAUCAGAGGUCCAAUCACUGUUGAUUCCAACUGGGAAGUGGCAAGAAGAAGUUAUUCAGGCUAAUUUAAUUUCUUUGUACUGUUAAACAAACUUUAACACUUUUUUCUUAAAUAAAUUUGAAAUAUCUUAUUUG